AUGCCACGUCGGCUGAUUACUCCUCAAAGUCCGUUCUGCUCUUGCACGAAACACAUUAUUGACACUAUGAGAGAGAACGGACUAACGCCUACACUCACAGAAUUAAAUCAAGCAAUUAAGAUUGAAGCAAAAUAUAACGGUGACUGGCUAGCUGCUACUACUCUAUUUCUAGAUUUUGAUAAAUUAGUGUGGGAUAGAUUAUCACGCCUCGUUAGAUCAGGCGAAGUAGAUCAAGAUGAAGGAAGUAAACAAUCUUUAAAAGAGCUUUGGGAUCAGACUCCAUCCGCUUUACGACCGAUGAGUAAGACCGAGAUCGGAUACAUUCGGCAAGUUUAUCAAAUAAUGGUACGGUAUUCUCCAACUCUAAACGAUGCAAAUAAAUAUUAUCUUCACCUAUUGAGAAAUCAUCUGGAUACGCCGAUAUAUGAUGAUGAAUGCAUUAACCAUUGCUUGAACUCUUUAAUUUAUCUGAUUUCAAUGAGCGAAGAUGUUGAUUUCUUGGAAAAAGGAACCGAAUUAGUACAGAUUGCUUUGGAUCGAGGUUUAGGAAUUAAUAAACCAGGGCAAGUUUUAAGAAGUGUAUCAAAACAAAUAUUAUCUUUUAAUGGACUAGAAAUAAGUAAAGAUGGUCAUUUAUUGGAAAAAGAAAAUUUGAUUAUUCAGGGCGGAAAACAGAAUACC